CCGGUCACUCCGCGGCGCUCUUGGUGCCAUAUGAGAUGCGCAAGCAGACGAGAAGCAAGCAAUAGGCUCCUGCAUCUUGUCCUCGAAGCCCCGCGGUGUUGGAAAGAGCAUGCAACGCAUGCUCGGUAGCGCUGCGACUGGUCAUUUGAUCGACUGCUGCUGCGACUACGCCCGGUCAGCAGCAACGAAGAGAUAGAACAUCUUUUGCGCCAGCGUCUUGACCCGAAAGAGGCGUGCGCGCAGUGCUGAAGAAGCGGCAGAAACAGAGACAGAGACAGAAGUUCAAGCAAAAGGAGACCCAGAAGCAGGAACGCUCGACGACAUGUGGCAGCGCGUCAAGACUGGUGGGAAGGCGGGCUUCGAUAAAGCAUACGCUGCUCUCGACAAGCUGGGGCCGCCCAUCAACAACUUGAGCAACAAGCUGGGCUCGGAGGCAUUUUGGCCGACAACGUUGGAUCAAGAAAGCGACAAGGCUGCGCGGAUAUUGAAGAGCUUCUGCAAGGAUGGAUUCUACGUCGACGAGGAAGUGCCGCCGGUCGAUGGGCCCAAGCAAAAGCAGAGGGUGUUACAGAAGAUUCCAGCACAUGUGAUCCGCGAAGCCAAAGGACUCGCCAUCUUCACAACCAUGAGGACAGGUCUCUGGAUCAGUGGAGCAGGUGGUUCAGGAAUACUGAUAGCGAAGAAGGAAGAUGGUACUUGGAGUCCUCCUUCUGGAAUCAUGCUUCAUACUGCCGGACUUGGCUUCCUUGUCGGCGUGGACAUAUACGACUGCGUAGUUGUGAUCAAUACACAGAGGGCAUUGGAUGCCUUCACCAAAGUGCGAUGUACACUGGGGGGCGAGGUAUCUGCUGUAGCUGGUCCUGUAGGCGCAGGAGCCUUGCUCGAAACAUCGGUUCACAAGCACCAAGCUCCCGUAUACACCUACCUCAAGAGUCGCGGAUUCUACGCGGGAGUGCAAAUCGACGGCACUGUCGUGAUAGAGCGCAUGGACGAGAACGAGCGAUUUUACGGACAGAAGCUACCAGUGGCUGAUAUACUUGCGGGCAAGGUUCGGCACGCGCCAUACGAGGUGCGACGCCUGCUCGAGACCAUCAAGGCGGCGCAAGGCGAUAGCGACGUGGACGAUUCCCUGCUACCCACCGAAGCCCCACCCGCUGACUACGAGAUCGAUGAUGGACAAGCAUUUGGAGUGCCAAAGCUUGAUGAUCCAGAUCCGUAUGGCGUCCUUGCACUCGAGAAGGAAGGCAUGAGUCUCAAGGAAGCUGGCACACAAAAAAGAGCAUCUUGGGCAGAAUUCUCUUUCAAUCCCAGUCCUACCUCGCCCAUUUACAAUGUAUACAGACAAAGCCAAGAACUUGGUGCACGAUCUGCUAGUCGGCGAAAUAGCUGGCGGUCUAGUGCUUUCAGCAUGGACCCAAAGACACCAAGCUCGUUGAGAGGUAGUCUUGACCAGCGACGAUCAUCGGUCAUCAUGACGGACACUUCAACACAAACAGACCUCUUGCCAGAUGGACCUGUGUCGCCGGGCAGGAGAAGUAUUGGCGGUCACAGUCAGCAUAGUAGCAAAGGCAGCUUCACGAAUGGCCACUCCUCGUUCAUGCAAGGCGUGCCAGAGCAUGAGGUCCUGAAGACCCCGCAAGAGCAGAUUGACUCGACCAAUAUCUCCACUGCUAAUGGCUACUCGACACCUCCACAUACGCCGCCAGGCAUCUAUGACACUCCCGAAGAUUUGCCAGAACGCGACGACGACCAGUUCGACGAUGUCCAAAUCGUCGAGCAGCCUGUGCUGCAAUCGCUCCAAACUGUGCAGCCGACAGCGUCGAAGGUGCUUUCCAAAGCUCGACUGGUGAAUGUACCGAAGCGCGUUGCCCCAAAGUUGCCACCGCGGAACCCAGGUCGCAAUCUGCCUGUUGUGGUUGGAGCCACGCCCGUGUCUCGCACUCCUUCGCCGACAAAAUCCGCAGCGUCUGCUACUUCACCUGCCGAGGAGGUAUCUAUGGCAGUCGAGCCGGAUUUGACGAAGUCUCAGGCGACGAGCACAGCCCUCCAGGGCAUGGAUGCCACCCCAAUCUCUCUUAUGGCCGAGUCCUCCGGUGCCACCACAUCAGCUUCAAAGCUUCAGACCAUCCAUCUCGAGGAAGAUGUUUCAAAUCAUCUCCGCCCGUCGACAAGUUUAGAGAAAAGUGAGCGAAGUGCAGAGCCGGUAGUGGAGGUGAAGGAAAAGGAAAGCGAGAUGGAAAAGGAAAAAAUGCCAGGCGGAUUUGACUAGGCGGCAGAGAAAAGCGAGGGACCAAAAGAUAUGAAUUAUGAAAGCUGAACUAGAAGGUGGAGUGAGCCGGCGUUUCUUUGGCGAGUACCCAAGUUUCGAUGUUUUUUUAUUGUCAGCCAGAUCAACUGGACAAUUGUAUAACACAGGAGCAUUUCUUUCUAUCCGUUGUCAUAAAUUAUACGAUAAGGGGC